AUGGUUGGUGUUCCACGCAGCAAAGGCUGCCUGGCAUGUCUCCAGCGGCGGGUUAAAGUAGGAACCCCCCCCCCAGUGGGUCCAGUGCGACGAAACCCAGCCAGGAUGUCAAUCCUGCGAGAGAAGAGGGAACCCAUGCCCUGGCUACACAAGGAACCGGAAAUUCUACCACUUCUCUGCAUCAAGCAUGUGGCACUGGUAACUGCAAAAGAAGCGCAGCAAUACGCCACGACUCCCCGUACGUCUAUGGAUGAAGCUCUAAUGCCAGGAUUGGUUUCCAGGGCGCUAGACCGACAAUGCAGGAAGGGCUUUUGUGAUUUCGUGGAUGCUAUGUUUCCGAACAUUUAUUACAGCUACAGCACUCGCGUGGAACUUCCUUGGUUCGAAAUCGCUCAGUACGAACGAGGCGCAGGAAUUGCAAUGGAAUGGGGGUUUCGCAGCCUUGGAACCUUGCAGCUAGGCAGAGUAAAUGGAAACCAACGACAAAUCCUCGCCAGUCAGGAAAUGUACGGCCGUGGACUGCGCUAUCUUGUUCAAGCUAUCCAGAAUCCUGCUACAGUUGGCACGGAAGACACCCUUGGAGCUGCAAUCCUGCUAGGACUUUAUGAGUUGAUGAAUGCAACAGAGGAGAACGCAUGGCUGCUGCAUUCACGUGGAAUCUCUCAUCUAUUGCGUCUAAGGGGAGCAAAGAGUCAUGCGAGUGGGUAUGGCCGUACCCUACUCUUAUCCUUUCGAGGACUCCUAGUUUACGAGGCCUUCAUUCGGGAGGAGCCAUGUUUCCUCGAAAGCGAGGAAUGGAGGUCCAUUCUUCCAGAGACCCAAGAAGACGAGGAACGGCGUGGCAAAAGCUGUCGUCUGGGCCAGCUCAUGGAUUAUGCAUUCAACGAGAUAGCUCAGUGUCCAGGCUUUCUUGUCAAGACCAAAGCCCUAGUCGCCUCCUCACUAACUACCAAUGCGGAGAGAGAGGAUUUAAUGGAUGCAAUCAACAGCAGCCGAAAGGUCCUGGGCGAUGUGGAAAGACAAAUAAUGGCUGGCGUUAAGGCUGAUCACGAAGGGAACAAGAGAGAGUCUCAGGCUUUCUUUGGAUUGAUUCCCCGUUCCGCCAAGAAUGCAUCGGUGAAAUUCACACUCGAAGGCGUUCAUUCAGGGAUCGCACUUCUCCGACAGUUGUCGGUUGUGCUAGUGUCCGAUCAGAGUCGACAAAAAGCAGUAACACCGUGGUUAAAACUCAGUCCGUAUAAGAAAGAGUGGAAGGUCAUUAAAGACGCCCGUGAAAUUGCCCAGGCCCAAGAAGAUACUCGAUUGCACCCAACAGGUCCACAGCAACCGGGCAGUCCGAAGGUCUGGCAUGACCGGAUUGCCAUGUCAAUGGGGAUGCCAGAAAAGAAUUGA